UGGGCAGGAGGAGGGGAAGAAAGAACAAUGAUGUUAGAAUUAACAGCAUGCAGCAACACAUGCCAGUAGCACCCUUGGAGGGAAGAGUUCGCUGUAAUUAUGUAAAUCUACCUCUGAUUAAUGGGGACAGACUGAGGACAGCAAAGGCUCUAGUGGACAAGGCAAUAAAGGAGAAGAAAGUGUUUUUGGUGCACGGCCCAUACCCUGUAAUUCGUGCAGCCCUACGUGCAAGAGGAUGGGUGGAGCACCGAUUACCGUGCCCCUCAGUCCCACGGACCCAUCGGCAUGGAGAAACAGAGGCCACAGAUGAUGCUGACAGUAGUGAUGGUGAUGACUUAGGAGAGGACGGAGAGAGGGAUGAUGAGGCGGAUGAUAUGUACGACCUAAUGUCACGGUUGGUUCGCAAUGAGACCCCAUAUUUCUUCUGGACAACGAAAAGGGAUUCCAUCGACUGUCGGUCUUUACGUAAAGAUCAGAUGACCAAUCAUUAUGCAAAGGCGGGAUCUUUCACCACCAAGGUUGGCUUGUGUAUGAGUUUAAGAAAUCUGCAGUGGUUUGAUACUGCAGACCCUGAUACAUUCUUCCCACGCUGCUACAGACUGGGGGCAGAGGAUGAGAAACAUGCUUUUAUUGCUUCAAGCAAGCCGCAUAAGCAGCAUACUAAUCAGAGGGUUGGAACUUCAUUGAUUGAGAGUGCAUUGCAUGUAUGUAAGGAGUAUCUGAACAGUUUAGAACACUGUGACAUUGACAUCAUUUUGGAAAUUGUCCAUACCCUCUCAGAGCAACAAUGGAAGGUAUUUCUCCAGAAUUACUACUUAGUUAUUCAUGAAGGAGUGAUGAUAGAGGGGUGUGAGAGAUAUGUGGAGGAUUGUAAAUACAUGCUGGCACAGAUGCAUCAAGUUUGCCCUCAGCUGGAGACUGAUGGACUCAGCAACAUCUGGAUCAUUAAACCUGGGGCCAAGUCACGAGGCAGAGGUAUAAUGUGCAUGAACAAGUUGGAUGAGAUGUUGAGUUUAGUAAAGGGAGACCAUGCCCUCAUGAAGGACAGCAAGUGGGUGGUGCAGAAGUACUUGGAGCGUCCUCUGCUUGUGCAUGGCACUAAGUUUGAUGUUCGGCAGUGGUUCCUGGUUACAGACUGGAACCCUCUCACUGUGUGGUUUUACCGUGAGUGCUAUCUCCGUUUUUCAACCCAACCCUACUCCACUCACACAUUGGACAGCUCUGUCCAUCUCUGUAACAACUCGAUCCAGAAGCACUUUCAUCCAAGCCCAGAUCGUGACCCUUCUCUGCCUGCUGAGUGCAUGUGGUCCUGUUCACAGUUCCGCUCCUGGUUGGCUGCUUCAGGCCGUGGUGGUCUGUGGGAAGGGGUGGCUGUUCCAGGUAUGCAAAAGGCUGUGAUCCAGACUCUCUUGACUGCACAGGACAACGUUGAGCCUCGCAAAGCCAGUUUUGAGCUCUACGGAGCAGACUUUAUGCUAGGAUGUGACCUGCGACCUUGGCUGUUGGAGAUCAAUGCCAGCCCCACCAUGGCGCCCUCCACAGCGGUCACAGCUCGACUCUGCCCUGCUGUACAGGAAGACACAUUGCGGGUGGUGCUGGAUCGGCGCUGUGACCGCAACACUCACACUGGGGGCUUUCAGCUCAUAUACAAACAGGCAGCAGUGGAGGUUCCUCAGUAUGUUGGUGUGAAUCUUCUUGUAGAGGGGACUUCAAUUAGACGUCCUCGAGCCCCUGUUUACAAGCCACUCAGCCAGCCUCAACCUGAACCACUGUCAAAAACCAUCAGUCACAGGUCUUCACUCACAACCAGCCAUUGCACUUCUGGCAAGGAGAAUGCAUUGGAAGGGGUAAAGAAGGCUUGGCCUGCCAUGUCUUCCCAUAAAGCCAUUUUGGAGCAGUCUUUGACCUUUCACCCUAAACUGAGGAAACGUCCCCACAGACUAGUCUUACCCUCAUCUUGCUGUGUUCUUCCUAACCCAGCCGAACUUCAUCUCCAAAAGCUUUCACACCCUCACAACCAACAUGAUCACACACAAACACACAGGACACGCAGCAACCUUCCUUCCCUUUACUGUCCAACCCCCUCACUGGACAUAAUAAGCCUACAACCUCAACAAGGACACACCUCAAAUCGCUACCAACAUGGCAUACAGACUAAUAUAUCCUAUCCAGUCUUACGCAUACAUCAAUACCUCUCACUAAACCCUAGGUGAGGCUCAGGCACUUUUAAAGAGCACAAAGAACCAAAGACAUCUUGAGGAAUGAGGAUCUUCAUUUAUGGUCAAUUAAACAGAAUAAGUAAGUAUUAGUAUGCAUCAGUUGUAUUGUGAGUAUAUCUAUUAGUGGAAUCCCUGCUGAAAAAAAUAAAAACAGCUAAAAACAGCUUACACCAGUAGAACAGCUUAGGCUGGUUCACAUGAGAAACAAGAAAGGGUGCUGCACUUUUUUUUUUUUUUUUUUUUUUAUUAAGAAAGAGUUCUGAUUAAUGGCAGAUUCAUUUUUAAUCCUAUUUAACAACCAAAAACACAUCCUUAAUGUAACUGAUUAAAUGCAACUUGAUUCAUGGUUCCAUCAGGGGAAUGUUGACUUCUAUGUUACAUGUAUUGAUAUGGGAAAAUUUUCAAUGGCGCUUUUUGAAAAUCCUUAUGGGAAUUAACUUGUUCUUAUUUGAAG